AUGUACCAUCUAGCCAAAUCGAUUUAUUUCUAUGCAACGAGUAAAGAGGAAUACUCCGUCCUACUCCUUGGCCUAGAUAAUGCGGGGAAAACCACCCUGCUAAACCAGAUAAAAGCCCUUUUCCUCCCAACCGACUCGAACAACACCACGCCGCAGCCCCUUUCUGGCAAAACUGUCCCAACCGUCGGCCAAAAUGUCGUAACCAUCCCGCUCCCAGACAUGUACUUGAAAAUAUGGGAUAUAGGCGGACAGAUAUCAAUGCGCGGCCUCUGGCAAAGCUACUAUUCGAGCUGCCAUGCCAUUAUUUUUGUGGUGGAUAGUGCAGAUGUUGGCGAAGACGCGGACGUUUCACGCCUUGCUUCGACGGGCUGUAAAGGAGGAGGGCCAAAUGCAUCGUCGAGCGCCAAAGGGCCUUCGGGUGCUAUUACAGAACCCAUGAGUGCCAUAGAUCCGCGGGGUGAAUUUGGGAGAUUGGAUGAGUGUCGAGAGGUCCUUGAAUCGGUAUUGCAAAACUCGGAGACGGUCGGGGUGCCUAUCCUGGUACUAGCGAAUAAACAGGAUAGAGAGGAUUGCGUGGAGGUGGUCAGGAUCAAGGAAGGGUUUGUGAGAAAGGUAUUUGAGGGCGAGGAAGGGGGUGGGAUGCGUGAUAGUCGUGUUUUGCCGGUUAGUGCACUAAUGGGAAGCGGAGUUAGAGAAGCGGUGGAAUGGGUUCGCAGUCGAGUGAAGUGGAACAAGGAAGGGAGACCUCCCGUUAUGAGAUGA